GCCGCGCGUGUCCUGCCGCGGACUUUGGCCGCAGACUUUGGCGGGGACUUUGGCGGGGAAGAUGAGGAGAAAAGAUGUCCUGAACAUCCAGCUGUAGUCCAACUCCAUGACGUCCUGCAGCAAGAAGAAGAUGAAAGUCUGUCCUUCUGGGCCGGAGGAGCGCAGGAGACUGCCGCUGGAGACACUUCAUUCUGGGCCGGAGGAGCGCAGGAGACUGCCGCUGGAGACACUUCAUUCUGGGCCGGAGGAGCGCAGGAGACUGCCGCUGGAGAGACUUCCUCCACCCGCCAACUCCAACAAGCCGCUCACACCUUUCAGCAUCGAAGACAUUCUUAACAAACCCAACUGCAAGAAGAAAUCUUCUUCUUCGUCUUCUUCUUCUUCUUCUUCUUCCUCCUCCUCGUCUUCUUCUUCCUCUUCCUCUUCGGGCGGUCCGCCGACCUUGUUGCAAAAGUUGUCCGCUUCGCAUGCGGCCCGCGGCGGCCUCAGCUCGCCCUCAUCGCCGCUGUGCGCUCUGGAAGAACUUGCUAGUAAAACUUUCAAAGGACUUGAAGUCAACGUCAUUCAAGCCGCUCAAGGUGGCGAGCAGCUGACGUGUUUGGGCCAAAGACAGAACUCCAAGAAGAGGAGAAAGUCCCGGACGGCCUUCACCAACCAUCAGAUCUACGAGCUGGAGAAGCGCUUCCUGUACCAGAAGUACCUGUCCCCCGCGGACCGGGACAACAUUGCGCAACAGCUGGGCCUCUCCAACGCCCAGGUCAUCACGUGGUUCCAGAACCGGCGCGCCAAGCUCAAGCGGGACUUGGAGGAGAUGAAGGCGGACGUGGAGUCUCUGAAGAAGAUCACACCUCAGACUCUGCACAAGCUGGUGGCCAUGGACCAGGUGGGGGAGCACCAGGUGGGGGAGCACCAGGUGGGGGAGCACCAGGUGGGGGAGCACCAGGUGGGGGAGGAGCGGGCGGGACCGUGCGAGGCACACCUGCAGUCGCCGUCUUCCUCCAGAGGUCGAACUACUGACGAGUUCUCGGAGGACGACGAGGAGAUCGAAGUGGAUGAUUGACACUCCGAGACUUCAACUUUUGCACGGACUUUGUGAGUCAAAGAAGGAACCAAGUUGGGAGACUUUUUAUACCUUGCAUUUAAUUUAUCUUCAACAAGACUUUUCAUUCCUCAAACUUCUUUUUAUCAUGCGCCAAAAUUCACUAUCACCAAUUUAUGUGAAUAUAAUCUCUAAAACUGUUUAUUAUUAUGUGUACUCUGCUGGAAAACAUUACAGGUGAUUUAAUUAUUGUCACUGUAUUAUUAUAAUUACAGAUGAUAUGAUUAUCAUUGUUACAGUAUUCUUAUAAUUGGAAUAAUUAUUAUUGUUACAGUAUAUAUAUAUAUAUAAUAAUAAUUACAGAUUAAUAUAAUUAGUAUUGUUACAGUUGUAUUAUAAUAUGAAUAAUUACAUAUAUAAUAUUUAUUGUUACAGUAUUAUUGUAACAGUUGUAUUAUAAUAUGAAUAAUUACAUAUAUAAUUAUUAUUGUAAAAGUUUCAUUAUAAUUUGAAUAAUUACAGGUGUAAUUAUUAUUGUUACAGUAUUACACUUAUAAUAUGAAUACUUACAGAUGAUAUCAUUAGAAUGAUGAAACAAUGCAGCUUUUGACACGUCUUCUUUCUGUGUAUUUAACAAUAUAUAUGUAUGUAUAUAUAUAUGUGUGUGUAUAUAUAUAUAUACAUAUAUAUGUAUACACACACACACAC